AUGGAACACAAAAGCAGCGAUGGUGCUAAGGUGCCUCUGUGGGUAAGACCGAGCCAUCUGCGCUCAAAGGUGACCACGCAGCUAUUCUACCAGUCCCAACUAGCAAAGACACCUCAGCAGGCCUCCAGCAACAGCAACAGCAACAACAUCUCAACUCCAGCGAAUUCAAGCAAGAUGGCCAAUAACGUCCAGUCCAUCUUUCAUCUCCCAGCCUUCCUCUACAACGGACCCGUGUCCCCAACAGAACACUGCAACUCUCUUACUUUCCUCCCUGACGACACUCCCCUAAGCGCCGACGCUUUCAAUGAAUGGAGAGGAACACCAUGGGGGCGCACACGAACUCCCGUCCGUCUCGCCGUCGCCAGAGAUCUGCACUACGGAAGCACUCCCGACGUCGACAUCCAGUUCACCGACCUCAAAGGCCCUCGCCGUCCCAAGACCAAGUGCGCCGUCAUCGGAUCCGGACGUCCCAAGCCUGAAAGCCCAGCACACUCGAAAUCCGUCCCAUCAAGCGAGCCACAUGAAGAAACGGCCACUGUCAACCCAGUUGACGAAAGCAGUCACACCGUCAGCGUCAGCGUCACCGACACCCCCAGCCCCAACCAAAACAGUUCGAAGCGCGAUGUCAUCCGAUCGAGACGCCCCAAGCUAGAGCACCAUGGAGACAUGAGCAACCUACGACCAGAUGACCGAGGCAUGGACGCCGCCACAUGCGAAAAAUUCUAUCGCAUGUCCACAGCCCCAGAGGACCGCAUCUCACUCACCAGCACAGAAUCCGAUGACAGCGACGCCUCCGCCUCGACAAGAGUCAGCUUCGACCUAGGCGCAAAAUACGCCACACGGUCAAACACUGAACAGAAGGCCAAGUGCAGAGCCGAUGCCCGUGCUAUGGUCGAAAGAGAGGCAGCCACCACCAAGCAUACCGGCAUGGUGACCAAAGUCGCUCCCGACCUGGAGGAAGAUUUCCCCACCAAUAAGCCCGAGGUGGAGAGACCUGAGUCUGCAGUAAAGGCGAUUGUGAAUGCGGAGGGGGAGACAGAGCUUGCUGCGAUCUCCAGCCUCAGCCGCCAGCUCAGGGCCACCAACCUCAACGACGGCCGUAGCGCCCUCACCGAACAGAUCACCACCACAGGGGAUGGCGAGACAGAAGAGGCCGAAUAG